AAAAUCGUGUUAAAGUUGGAUCUGCAUGAUGAUAAGGCAAAACAGAAGGCCCUUAAAACAGUUUCAACUCUCCCAGGAAUCGAUUCGAUUGCAAUGGACAUGAAGGAGAAGAAAUUAACGGUGAUAGGAACGGUGGAUCCGGUAAAUGUGGUAAGUAAGCUAAGAAAGUAUUGGCCGAUGACGGAUAUCAUACUAGUGGGUCCUGCAAAAGAGCCGGAAAAGGAGAAGAAGGAGGAGCCGAAGAAGGAAGGUGGUGGCGAGCCGGCGAAGAAAGAAGGAGAAGCUCCAAAAGAAGAAGGGAAAAAGGAAGGAGAAGCACCGAAGAAGGAAGAAGAGAAGAAAGAAGGCGGCGAUAAGAAGGAAGGAGAGAAGAAAGAUCAACCGCCACAGCCGCAACCGCAACCGCCGCCGCCAGAUCAUGUGUUGGAGCUUGUAAAGGCGUAUAAAGCAUAUAAUCCUCACCUAACUACGUAUUACUAUGCCCAAAGCAUGGAAGAAAACCCUAAUGCUUGCGUUAUAUGUUGA